AUGGCGCCUGGAACGCGUCGCGCCCACAGAGCUGGCUACGCCGAGCAUGACGAUUUCGAAGGUCUACCCGUGCGACAAUGGCGACAAGAGUGGAUAAGCGUUGUGCCGCCGCAACAGCAAGAACAAAACCAACAAAACGAUAUCUGGUCGAUCGAUCUGCCUCAUGGCAUGCCCAAGGAUUCCCAUCUACUUCCCGCACACAGCCAGGAGCUACUCGCCGCCGCGCGAUCCGGACGACUGUACAAGAGGCCUGCGCCAGACGAGGAACAGGAGGGCGACGCCGAUGCAGCUCCCGAGAAGCCAGAGAAGAAAGAGGAGGACACAAGUGCGAGAGGCUUCAGUGUCAAGGUCUGGAAGCAGUUACCGCGAAACCUCGAUAAUUCCGGUGCAUCUCACCUUGCGAAGCGACAAAAGAACACCGUUACGAUUGCUAGCCGGACAGUCGAAGAGAAGGUCCAGGGACCAACAGUUACUAGGGCUACUGUGAGGAGGAUCGACGCCGCUGGAAAUCCAUACACCGAAGAGGUCACACUGGGAGAAGGCCAGCAGGUCCAAGGAGAAAUCGUCUCUACGAGAAUCGAACCUGCACCCGCCGCUGGCGCAGAGUCUUUGGCCGGCACACCUGGUCCCAACCGACGAAGGCCACCACCUCCCAAGAGAAAGACCAAGGCUGGUCCUGGUCGCGGCAAAAAGAAGAUCAAGAACCCUCUUCCUGAAGCUGGAGCUGCCCCCGUGGCCCCUGCUGGAACUGCAGAUGGUGCCACACCUGCUGCUCCAGUCAAGCCUGAAAACCCCGCAGAAGCUGCUAUCAAACAGGAGCGCGAAGAUUCGGCCAACCAGGAUAGCCCAAUGGUCGAUGCUGACGAUGACGAUGACGAUGAAGAUGGGGAAGAUGACGAAGGUGAAGACGGUGAAGAAGGAGACGCUACACCAGCUCCGGAUAGUCAAGCGCACGGUGAAAACAACAAGCAGCAAGAUCACGAGAUGACAGACGCCGCACCACCAACAACCGCCGAACCUGCUCCCGUUCCGCCUCCGGCUCCCGUACCAGCCCAUGCUGAACCUCCAGCUGCUCUUCAAAACGACGAAACCGAUGUUGUCAUGCAGAACGACACACCAGAACCUGCGCAACAAAGUCCCACAAGUCUCGCACCACCACCUCUUACACCCGGAGAAUCGCGACUUGAGGGAAGCCCUCUGAAGAAUGUUGUCAUGCCUUCACCCGCAAAGGAAAUGAACGCAGAGGAGGCGAUCAAGGCCGCGGUUGAUGCCCCUUUCUCAGAUAUCGACGCGACCAAGGAACCGCAAUUGACCGAGGAGAAUCUCAAAGAGGCAUCUUUGGACCCCCCUGUCAAUGACACUCAACCCCAUGCGACGGGAACUGUUGAUGAGGAGCACAUGCUCAAGCUGGCUGUAAAUGCUCCAUUCGGACUUGAUCAACCUCCAGCAGUUGGCCCUGGUGCUGAGCCUGCUGAGUCAACCGUGGCCGAACCGCCAUCGACAAUUGUUGGAGAGGCUCCUGAGGCCGCAGCCGAUCGUGAUGUUCCCAUGCUGGAGCCAACCGACAACGAAGCACUACUGCCUCCCCCACCUGAAGAAGUUGGCAACAUUGCUACGACGCCUCCAGGAAGCUCUGGUGAGCGUGAGCAAGGACAUUCUGCCCCUGGAAGUGAGGCCAAACUUCCCUUUGAUGUCCUGCCUGGUGAAGUCCAACCUGGUGAAGAAGCUGUUCCAACAAGACCGCAAUUGGAACAGAACGACACUGGUUUGACAGAAGAUAGCAUUAAGCCUGAUGACUCGGCUUCGAUCACUGCGCCCAUCUCUGAUACCACAGAUGCCCCGGCUGCUGCUCCCUCAGUUGUUGAUCCCCCAACAGAGCCACCCGCUGAAACUACCGUGCAAGAACCUGCUGCAGAGAAGGCCAAGUCACCAACACCGGUUCAGCCAGAGGUCAAGGAGGAGUCCAUUCCUCCUGCGGUUGAAGAAGUCGCUAAAGGCGAGUCGCCUGAUAUGAUUGCCAGCUUGAUGGAUAAGCUUGACGAGGAGCAUAAAGAUAUUGAAGACAUGAAGGAAGACCUACCAACUCCAUCAGUGCCCGAGCUUGCAGCAGAGCCUGCACCUGAGGCUCCUGCAGAGGUUGCCAACGAACCUGCGGCUGAGCCUAUUACUGAACCCGCUGCUGAGCCCGUCGCCGCGCCCGUCGAGGAGCCUGUCGCAGAGAUUGGACCUGAACCUGUUGCCGAGACAGAGGUUCAGCCAACUGUCGAGGAACCUGUAGAUGCACCCACAGAAACAAAAUCCGAGGUCCUUCCCGAACCAUCUUUAAUACCUUCAGCGGCCCCAGAAGCACCAGUCGAUGAGCCCAUGGUUACGGAGGAAGAGAAGCCCAGUGAUCCUACCCUCGAAGCUCCCGCCGUGGUGGCACCCACAGUGCCAGAGCCUGCGGUGACUGAAGGAGAACAAAAGGAUCAAGAAAUGAAGGAUGAUGCUGCCGCUUAG